GGCAGUCAGGACGGUUUGGGAAAGGUGAGCUGGGGUCUCCUACGGGCUGGGUGAACACACUCACAUAGAUAAUGGUAUCCACGAAGACGGCUAAAGAGCUGAAGACCCACAAUGGAAGGAAAUCCACAUGGUAUCCUCACAAGAGCUGGCCUGUAUUGUGGCUGGGAACCCUGCUUGGCUUGAUUCCUUGGGGCCGAAGUGGUCGCUGGACAGCAUGCAGUGCUCUCUAUGCUGCCACUUUUUCGAUGGUUAUGGUCUCGGCCUUCGCUGUAUCAUACUAUGAAUACCACAAACAAUACCACUAUCCAAUGGGCAGUGCUGCUUGGGUGUGCGAAAUCACGGUGUCUGUCUUGUCUCUGCUGGCGUGUGUGCUGACGCUGCUGUGGUUCAAAUGGCGAUGGCUGAGCCUGAGGAAGUUGAUGAAAGCCUGUAGUGACGUGGACUGUGAAGGAAGCGAAGCGGUGUCUCGUUGGCCGAUUUUCCUCGCUGUGAUCAAGGCGGUCGAAGUGCUGCUGAACACCCUGUGGUACAUAGAGGAGCUACUCCUUAUCGCGGCACCGACGUGGCUGGAGGUCGCCUUCGCCCUGACAAUCUGGUACCACUGCCUCACCGCCUCCUUUCCCAUACUGCUCUACGUUAGUUUGGCCGACCUCCUUGCUCAGCACGCGACGUCCCUAAACGCAUCCCUUGGUCGCGCCAUCAGCGAAGACCGCGAGUUUUUAGAAGGAAAGGAAGAUUUUGGAAGUAUGGGAGGCACGGAGGUUGCAGACGAAGCUGUAGAGGCGGUGGCGCAAGAGUGGCGUCACCUGGACCGUCUGCACCAUCGCGUGGAAGAGAUGCUGAGUGUCCCACUACUGGCCAGCGCCGCGGAUAUGUGCGGUACACUGGUGGGGUCAGCGUUUUUCCUGUCCGAACUGGAUAGUGUUUACCACGCAGUUUCAGCUGGAAUCAUGAUGGUGUCCUGCAUAUCGUUCCUUCACGUGCAGGGUCACGUGUCAGAUGCACUCCAGCAGCAGACAUUGGCAGUUCACAAACGGGUUAACCAAUACCUGGCUUCGAAGAGGUUGCCGCCGACAGGGACACUGGACCACCUUCUCGUGACACAGGUGGCGCAGCUGUCGGUAGAAGCUGGGGAGCCUCUGGAAGUCAGCCUGGUAGGCCUAUACACACUCUCUCGCUCCAAUUUUCUACCAGCUGUGGGCGCAACCGUGGCACAUCUCGUGAUUCUACUACAGUUCUACCUCGCGAAUGUUUCAUCCAACAGACAUUCUCUCCCAUUAAACUCUACUGACUGCAAUGCAUAAAUGUAUAGGGAAUGAUGGCUCUCUCUCUCUCUCUCUCUCUCUCUCUCUCUC